GUCAUUUCCAUUGAGAUUUUAAUCCGUUGAUUGUUGUCACCAAUUAACUUGGCAUCAAUUCCUACAUUUAACAGCAAUUAUUCAAGGUUCUCCUUUUAAUCUAAUAGCUAAAAAUAAUUGUUCAAAUGUAAUCUCAUCAAUGUUAAUUUAAUGUUUGUUGUAACAAAGGAAAGUUAUUUCAUCUCUUCAGUGAUUUUCAUCUUCAUCACCAUUUAGACAAUUAUCCUUGUUGAACAACCUUUACAAUUAAAAGUUGGAGAGAAACAAUUUUCAUUCUCAAACGUUGAUUUCUACUUAAUUAUCUUAUUUACUUAACAAUCUUGACAGUCUCAUAUUCUUAAUCACUGUCUACUUAUAUUCUUCUUUGUUUUUUCUAACGUUCCAUUUCUAUGCCUUGUUCAUCUUCUGGUUUGGACCAAUCAACACGAUUCAUCUCUCGAGCUCUCAUUCAUUUAACUUACACCUUGUGACAAUUUUAAUUAGUUGGUGACAAUUUCCAGCUAACUAUUAAUCUUUCUCUCUUUUUCUCUCUUUAACUGUGCCAAAUUAAACCUCCUUUAGACAACAAUGGAUCCUGAACAGUUUUUAGAAAUCGCCAAUACAGUGACCAAGAUGAAAAUGUUUCCCUAUUUCGAAAUGGCUCAUGCAAUCAUUAGUUGUCUUUAUAUUCGAGAAGAUCUUGGAUCAACUGGUCAUCCAUUUUCUCGUAAACAUCCAUUUUCUUGUUGGCUAUCGUGCAUGUUGAACAUUUUCGCAGGUUCGAUUUUGGCCAAUUUUCUGCUUGGAGAACCGAUUGUUGCUGCUUUCAAGAAUCCGAAUCAAGUUUUUCUGGCCACAGUCAUUUGGUACCUAAUCUUUUAUUCACCAGCUGAUGUAAUUUACAAGAUGUGUAAAUUCAUGCCCUGUAAGAUUGUUCUGGCCACCAUGAAAGAAGUCAUUAGGUGUAAAAAGGUUCAUGAUGGAGUCCUCCAUGCAUCCAAAAUCUAUCCGAAUGGUUAUGUUAUCAUGAUCGCUAUUGGAACAGUCAAAGGAAAUGGAUCAGGAUUCAUGAAACUUAUGGAGAGACUCAUGAGGGGAACAUGGACUCCGAACGCUUUUGAACUUCACCCGACUUUUCCGACAAAAGCAUCGAUUGUUGCUUCAAUUAUCUUCAUUAUCGACAAAAAAUCUGAUUGGAUUUCAGUUCCUCAUGCACUUGUUUACUUUGGAAUUGUAAUAUUUUUCGUCUAUUUUAAACUUUCAUCAAUACUUCUUGGAAUUCACGAUCCAUUUGUACCUUUCGAAAAUUUAUUCUGUGCCCUAUUCAUGGGUGGAAUUUGGGAUGCAAUUGCUCACGCACUUUCCAAAGCCAAGAAAAAUGAUGAAUCUAGUCCCAAGGUAGAGAUUCCAAGACGAGACGAAACCAAAAAGAAAGAAUAACCAACAAAUUAACGACAAAUUGAUCUAAAUAACUUAAUCUAACAUUUUAAUCUAAUCUUAAUCACAUUUAUCCUUUAAUCAACAUGGAUCUCAUAUUUUGCAUCAGUAUCAUGAUAAUUUAAUUGUAACCAAUAAUAAUACAAGAUGUAUCUUUUUGAACGCUCAACCUUCAAUUCAAUUUAUCGUUGAGAGUUCUAGUCAUAUAUACAAGGAAAAAAAACCACCAAAAAUCAGACAAUUAAAACAAAAGUGAAAUCGAUUUGAA